AUGGCUCAACCUCAGUCACAGGUCCCUCCGCGAGUUUUCUCGCCGCCGCAACACAGUCCCUCACCAGGUGGUUCGCAACCUGGUUUCGCGAUGCCGCCGAACAAGAGAGUGAGAACCGACGGCGGCCCAGCUUCGCAGCCAGGCUCUCCGUAUGCUAUUUCACCUUAUGCCGCCAGCCCCGGCGCUGCUGGCAGUCCGCCUUUAAAUGCUGCCUCGCCGACGUAUUCUGCAACGACGCCUGUAUCGUCUGGAUACAACACUCCCUAUACAAACGGCCACAAUGCCACGGGACUAAAUCUUCCUGAUGCGCGCGCGGGCACCAGUACGCCUCCUCUGCACACGCCACAGCCGCCGCCGAUUUCAAUGCCGCAAUACACCAACGCAACAAUGGCGCCGGUGCCGCAAACAACAGCAUCGCCGGUACCAGGACCGAGUGUGAUGGGACCUCCUCAACGACCGGCCGAGAGACCGGCCAAAGACUACGAGUAUGACGUGACGGAUUCACUAGCGGGAACUGGUAUCGAUUUGCGGGCGGAAGAGCAGUACAUGUCUGAGUUGUAUUCCAACGCCAUGGAUGCAAACUCGGAAGCCAGGACGGGAUUCGCUCAACACCCGCCCGGAGCCAAGUCCUCCUUCUACGGUGCUGGCCCAGCAAAUCAACCUGCCGAAACUGCAUCGGAGCAAGAUCAGAAGCAGCUUGCUGUCAAGGCUGCCGAACAAGCUUGGGCGGAUUCGUCGAUGCGUCUAGCCGUACAGCGGACACAAGAGAUCAACGACCCGUUUCUUCUAGUCGCCAUUCUUCACCGCAGGGCGGAAAAGAUUGCUAGAGAGAAUCAUAUUGGCCUAAAUCUGGAUAUGAAGAACAACGCCCAGACUAUGGGCAAGAUGCGUUUGCCAGAACAGUUUCCCUCACCCAAAGUCACGGUCAAGGUUGAACCAGGUCCCGAUUCCACAAUGGUUCACACAACUGGGUCUUAUAUUCCUCACGACUCGUAUCUAGUGGACCAGUUGGCGCUGAUGUCCAUCGCUACAAAGCAACGACUCCGCGAGAUGGUUGAAGAUGCGGAUGGUGUUGCCGUAAACCGGCAAAAAACGUCACACGGAGAGAUUUCCGAGGAUUGGGCUACUGCGGCGGCACCCAUGAAUGUAGAGCCUCUAGGGGCGGCGGCAGAAACCGACCCAGCGGUACAGGAAGCAGGCGAGGAUGGAGUUGCAGUCCCGUCUGAUACUGCACCCUUGAAACGUGAGUAUCUCUAUGUCUUACUUUAUUUUUACUUGUUCUCCCUCUUCCAUGACAUUGCUGGCUACUUGACUGGUUCUAACUCCAAGAUAGGCUCUGCUGACGAAGCUGCGUUGGGAAACGGCACCAAACCAUCAAAAAUGGCCAAGAUCUCGUCCUUCAUGACGGUGACGAUGAGGGAGUUGGCGAGACAGGAGCGUGAAUGGGAAGAGGCACGACUACGUCGACGGCAAAAACGCAAGGACGGGGUAACAGACGGAGCCACUCCAUCACGGUCAGGCAGCGUUGCACCGGGAACGCCAGGCUCAGUGGCCCCUGAAUCAGACAAACCGAUGACGAAGAAGGAAAUGAAGAAGAACCAGGCCCUCAAAGCGGCCGAGGCGAACAGCCACGCCAACCAAAACUUGACGAGCAGCAUGUUUGCAGGACUGGGCGGCAAGAGCAAUUUAUUCGGCAAAAAGAAGGGGGCCAAGACGUACGACUGGAUGAACGUGGGCCGUGGAGGAAGUGGCACGAGCACACCGACGAGAGCAACGCCAGGGGCUGGUGGCAAGGGGAUCAACGGCACACCAGGGACACCGUCGCCAGCAAACCUGGCCAUGACAACGGAAGGACGAAACCGACUAGGAACGUGGCGCGAGGACAAGGAAAAGGGGAAGAAUAUCCAACUACGAGACUGGGUGGUGGUGCUAGAGAGGGAUGGAAGAGAGGCCAAGGCACUGCAACAAGCAUAUAUGCAUUUAGAUGCCUCCAAUCCAAAGUAA